ACUGGCGCGCAAAGCGAGCUGGGGGGUGUAUCUGCGCGGUGAUGCGGUAGCGGCGGUUGGAGCAGGAGUAGGAGGAGACCGGUGGCGGGAGCCUGGGGAGGAUGAGCCAGCAGGGAGCGGCGCUUCAGAACUACAACAACGAGCUGGUCAAGUGCAUCGAAGAACUGUGCCAGAAGCGGGAGGAGCUGUGCCGGCAGAUCCAACAGGAGGAGGAUGAGAAGCAGAGGCUGCAGGGCGAGGUGCGGCAGCUGACGGAGAAGCUGGCCCGGGUCAACGAGAACCUGGCCCGCAAGAUCGCCUCCAGGAACGAGUUUGAUCGUACUAUCGCCGAGACCGAAGCUGCUUACCUUAAGAUUCUGGAAAGUUCUCAGACACUGCUCAAUGUCCUGAAGCGAGAAGCAGGGAAUCUGAGCAAGGCUGCAGCCCAGGAGCAGAAGAGUGCUGCGGGCAAGGACUGAUGAACUGGGGCUUGCCUAAUACUCCCUUAUAUAGGCCUGCAGGUGACAUCCUUGACAGGGAACCUGUUAAUAAAGUAUCAUGUUUUUCAUAGCUACUGCAUUUCCCUUCUCUUGCUGUUUCAGGCAUGUGAGAAGAACUUAGCUCCCCAGCACUUCAUGGGUAUUCCACUGUUUAACAUGUCUUAAAGAGGUAAUAACAGUCCAGCCACUUUGGGGUAGGGGUGAGUAAUACUGUGCACAUUUCCUUGCCUUCCAGGCAGAAGGAAACAUGGGGGAGAGGGAAACAUGGAGUGUUCCAGAGGCACUUUUGCCUGAGAGUUGUCACUGCUGUCCUGGAUCAGCCUUCAGGAUAUUUCUUUCCAGGCCAUGUGCUUCCAUCAAAGGAGGUGGCCAGGCAAAGCCAGUAAUAGUGGGAUUGAGUGGGCAAAAACCCUCAUCAGGGACAUGAGCCUUAAUAUAUACAUGUAGUUACUAUAUUGCAGUUUUAUGUGUGAAUAAAGAUUUCCUUAUGACUUUCA